CCACAGAGGAGCGAAGCAGGAGGAGCCACGGACCUCAGUGCACGUCACUACCGCGGCGUUGAGUUAGCAUUAGCGCCGGAUGAAGUGAACGCAAAGUUCGACUGCACUUCGGACACCGCAGUGCUUCAACUGGGGGCGCUACAGCUCUCUUUCAUGUGAGUGAGUCACUGCCAAAUGAGAAGAGGAGCCGCGCAGUGCUGAGCAUGCGGGUCAGUGCGAAACCGGAUGAUUCCAGCAUCAGUCUCGGGAGAUCUUCACCCGAUACCGUCGUCAUAACCGAAGUUCAAACAAAUUAGCAAGCCAUCCCCAAAUACUGGCAGACAUUGCGCAAUCGGCGUGCAAACGAAAGUAUGAAAUGUGAGCGGCGCGAACCUGUCAUUCGAUAUUUGCAUCGUUACGCACAAUAUGCCAUUAAUUUCAUUCUCUAUUUCUAUGUGAGCUACCCUGUCUUUAUGGCCGCAUGAGUCCCUUGAGCAAAACAAACUUGCUCGACAACAAUCAAUCAAGAAUAACUGUAAUGCGGCAUUUGGUUUGGAAUGUGUUCAGACGCCAUGCUCUUGACUGCUGACACUUCCAACGUGCAAAUCAAAUCAAUUCCACCUUUGGGGGAAUGUCUGACGCUUUUCGCAACCCAGAUUGACUCCCAACUGGACGUGUGACGCAAGAGUGAACCCCCAAGGCUGCCACUUGGCCAGGCGGUCUACGCCGACGCCGGCCAGCUGUCGUCAUUGUGUGUGACAACUUGGAAGAUUGCUCGCCAUACUCGAUCAGUCUGUUGCUUUCUUCUAGUUGCCAGAAAUGGGUUGUUACUUAUUUUUGACAACUUUCAAGGGUGAUGACACGACAUCGCAAAGAGGUCAAGUCAGGCUGAGAUCUUGUGGUCUUAUUAGGCAGCAAAAACGGAGGAACAGAUUCGGAAAAGCGAGCUACUCCCCAACAAUGAGCCUAUUGAAGAUAAUUAUUUUUCAAUUUUAUUUUACGUAAGUACAGGAGUCGAGGCGAUAUUUUUACACGAGUAUAUGAACUUUUUCCUCGGUACAGAGUGUGAGUCCUGUUGCCGCCUCUGUCUGACAUUUGGCUUUGAUGAAACGUUCCCAAAGCCCAAAACAGCCGUCACGUCACGAGUCCAAAUGUGUCUACUGCCCUCUGCAGAUCACAUCACAUAUCUUAUUUUUUUCAAAUCCAAAUUCGUUUCGCAAACUCCAGGUGCGUUGCUAGAUAGGAACAAGUUCGUCACGACAAAAAAAAAAAAAAAAAAAAUCGAACAUAAAUAACACACUUAAAACACACUUUUCAAAAUCAACAGUAUCCUAUCAUAAUAAAAAAAUCAUUUUGGAAUGUUGCAGUAGUGCUGUAGCAUCAUUUGCAUCGUGAGAGAACAGAAUGUUUGCCUUUGGUAGCCAAAAAAAACCCAAAAACAAACAAAAAACGUCCUUUGAUCCGACAUUUCCGAAUGACUUCCUGAAGAUUGUACUUGUGUGUGCGUGCGCGCAGCCACGUGUGGGAAUGUCUCCGAGGCAGUUGUGUGAUGAGAGGCAGCGAUAGGCAAGGAGGAGUGGCAGACAACAAUGCAUCAAAGCGGGGCCAAAGCCAACGUGAUAUCCCGGGACGUGAAGGCUUUCCUCAGCCAAGUCGGCGGAAACCCCAGGGAAGCCCGCUACUGGCUCGCCCAGUUCCAGAGAGCGACUUCGUCUCCUUUUGCCGUCGUGGAGGUGGACAGUUCGGUGUUUGACAGCACGGACAUGGUUCGCAGUCUGGCCUUCGGGCUCGCAUUCCUACAGCGAAUGGACAUGAAACCCGUGGUGGUGAUGGGCAUGUCGCACGAUGACGCUCCACCAGUGGGGGAGUCUCAGAAUUCCAGGCUUCUUGUGGCGCAAACUCAGCAGCUGACCGAGGCUUUGCAACAGCAGUCGGCAACCGUUCUGCCAUUCUUCUCAGCCGAAGUCUUCCUCAUGCUGCAAAAAGCUUCGCAUGGAAGCAGCGCUGGACCAUCCCUUUGGGUUGAUACGGGCCUCCUCCAGUGGAGUCUCAACUGUGGGAUGAUUCCUCUGAUUUGCCCUGCACGGCGAGACGAACGAGGUCGCGCUGCCAUUUUGGACUCAAUGGAAGUCACGGCGGCAAUUUCUCAUGCUUUGCAGCCCCACAAAGUCAUGUUCCUGACCAACACGGGAGGCCUGCGGAACCAGCAAAACCAGGUGUUGGAUACGGUGUGGUUGCCUGGCGACCUGCCUCAACUGUCCAUGGCACCAUGGCUAAGCGCAAAAGAGCGGCACAGAGUGGCUGGUAUAGCCAGACUGCUUCACCGUCUGCCGACAGAGUCCUCUGCAGUGAUUACGUCCGCUGACACGCUGCUGACAGAGCUGUUUAGCCACAGAGGAACCGGAUCACUAUUUAAAAACAGAGACCCCAUAAAUCGGUACACUUCCUUCGAUGGGAUUGAUGUGAAUCGUCUUUUGGCUCUCAUCAACAAAACGUUUGACAAAACUCUGAAGCGAGAUUACAUGGAGUCCCUCAAAGGCCGCCUGCAUUCGGUCUAUCUCUCUGAAGGCUACACAGCGGCAGCCAUUGUCACCUUGGAGGUGGUGAACACGCCCUAUCUGGAUAAACUGGUGGUGAGCAGCACUGAGCAGGGCCAGGGCACAGGCCACGUCUUGUGGGAGUGUAUUAGACAAGACCUGGGCAAACUCUUCUGGAGGUCCAAAACCAACAACAAAGUUAAUCCCUGGUACUUCAAGCAUUGUGAAGGGAGCUUUGCUAAUGGGGAAUGGAUCGUGUUCUGGUGGGGCCUUACAGACAUCCGAGAGUCGUACGAGCUCGUGGAGUAUGCUAAGAAUCUUCCUGACUCUUUCCAACCUUCUCCUCUCCCACCAACCCAAAUUCUGAAAGCUUCAUUAAACACUCCUGCUUCUGAAUGAUCUGAUGUACUUUACACAUUGUGUUUCUUUUAGCCUCGAGAUUAUUGCCAUAAAAACAGAGUUGUUGAUUUUCUA